CAGAGACUCGAGAAGUCGAGAGAACUAAAACAAGAUAGAAAGGGCAUCGAAGGCGAUCUCAGAAGAGAGAAGACUCUCCUUACUUUUGCCGCUGUUGGUUGCUGGUGGUGAAGAACAAGUCAUUCAGUCAAAUUCCAGGCACCCCUGCGACGAAGUGAGCACAACAAGCCUUGGCCAUUUCUGUGUUGUUUUCUUUUCUUCGACAUCAAUUGAAGUGUAUCUCUCUCGACUUGGAUUUGAAUUACUGUCGUCAGUGAGUGAGUGUGUUGUUUGUGUGUGCGCAAGCCCCCAGUGCUUGUGUGUGUUGAUCCAAAACCGAGUAGCGUGCAAUUCAAUCUCAAAUCAACACAAUCGAUCGUCGAAGCAUCGAGUUCACGGUGUUACGAGCGUGCAAAAUGAAAAACGGCCUUCCAGCAGUGAUGUGGUGACCAUGGCCUUGCAAAUGUCGCCUGUUGAUGCUCAUACUGAAAAUUAUACUACAUGUUAUAAUCAGCCUGCAGUGCUGCUGCCUGAAGCUGCUGCUGGGACGAGUAGUCAUCAAGUUGAGCCCUUUCAGUGCCAACUUUUGGAGUGCUUCUCUGCUGAACAAGUGCCUCAUCGUACUGAACAGAAACCUGUGCCACCAAGUUUAAGGGAAUUCGAACAAAGGGUGACUGCUGUACGUAAGGAAGGUGCUGUAGAAGUAAUGGAUGCCCCACUGCUCGCAGAGAGUACUGAAGUGAGGUGUGGUCCAGAGGUUGAGGAUUUGAGAGGAGGAGCUGCUUCUGAAAUUCUCACCCUGCUGGAAGUUUCCCAAUCAUCUGUGAUAGACAGCUCCAAAGUCGGUUCAUCCUCGGAAGAAUCGACGCACCCUGGCACGCACGAAUCCCUUAGCAACCCACCAUCUCCCUGUCUGGUCGAUAACGUCGAGAUAGGAUCAGCGUCCGCCAUUUCUUCCUCCAGCAAUAUUCUUAACGAUGCACAAAAGGAUUCGAGCGACGCAAUGAGGCAAAGCGGAUUGGCUUGGCGACCGCAGAGCUCUAAUCAAUUGUCGAUGACAUUCUCAGGAGAGACGAAUCCUCCAAGUGCAACUUAUGCAGAUUUGUGCCCUCUAUCGACCUCUGCUCACUCCACCCUUGGCGCUUCUGCCUCUGCCGUCUCUGAUGAAGACUAUUGUGAUAGCAAGGAACCACUGAUCAUUAAGGGAAGCAGUAGCAGUAGUAGCACAUCGGCGUUCCUCCAAUAUCCCCCGAUCGGACCGGCGUCCAACCGGCAUUGGGGCAUUCCUCAAGGAGCGGGUUUGCGUGGAGGUGCAGGCGAGACCUCCUUGAAUAACGGAGGAGGCAGCUGGGGUCAUCCGCCAGCAAGUGGAGGUUGGGGAGGCGGUGGAACCAACAACGCGGCGAACCAAGUCCAAGGCCAAUGGGGAGCAGCAUCCUCCGCGGCCAACCAACGGAGCUCCGCAGCUAGUCAGGGACCAUCUGGAGCACCGCCUCCUGGAUCCUCGGGACCGCAAGGCUCGAAUCAGCAGCUACCUACCGGUGCCCAACAACAGCAGCAACCUCAAGGAGCAUGGGAUACAAGCAAAAAUGUCGUCAGCGGUAAUGUCGUCCAGCCAUCUGGAAGCUCGCCAAGCCAGGGUGUAUGGGCUGCUCAGGCUGCCAAAAACGUACCUAAUCAACCGACCAAUAUCAACCCCAAUCAAGACAUCAUGGCUACCAACCCCUUGAACUUAGCUCAAGGUGGCAAUGGGGGUGGUGGAGCCGUUGGUGGUUCUGGUCCUGCCACUCCUAGUUCUGGUAAGCCGGAUCCUUUGGCUAACUAUCGAGAUGUGAUUUAUGCCCAAGAUGGCUGGGGAGGCAAUCAAGUGAAUCAAGAUUCGCAGUGGGAUGUUCCAACAUCGCCAGAGCCCAAAGAAAUUCCACUGUGGAAGCAGACAGCAAGUAAUGGAACAGAAGUCUGGGAAGUCAAUCUGCGCAAUGGCGGCCAAGCCCCUCCGCCUAUAACCCAGACAAAGACGCCAUGGGGUAGUCAUACUCCAGCAACCAAUCUCGGAGGUACAUGGGGUGAAGACGAUGAAUCUUCAGAACCAUCCAGCAUGUGGACGGGUGUUCCUGCCAAUAAUGGACCUACUAACUGGGGAGCCAAUCCAAUGGGGGCUGCUCUGACUGCUGGACCAAUGGGGCCAGCCUCUGUCCCAACCGGUGCUGCGACCAUGGGGACCACUGGAAUCACGUCAGGCAACGGCAUGUGGGGUGGACAACAGCAACAGCAGCAGCAGCAACCGAAGAAAGAACCGGAAUGGGCUGGGCCCAGCUCAAUGCAAACUGGACCUGGAGGAUGGGGUGAAGUGCGACCACCCCAGCGCAUGGCUAUGUCCGGUAUUGGACCCUCGGUUCCCGAGAACAUGGGUAUGGCACCGACUGCACCAUCGCACUGGCCUGGGCCGCAAAACAAACCCGCGCCGCAGUGGGGUGGAAAUGUACCCUCGAAAGAAAUGAAACCAUCGGGCUGGGAUGAGCAUUCCCCUCCUGCCCAGAAACGACAAGUGCCACAAUAUGACGAUGGAACGGCCGUUUGGGGGAAUCCUUCCCAAAUUCAACAGCCAGGUGGAAAUGUCGUAUGUCGCUGGAAAGAUAUGCCCAAUCCUAACGUGGCUGGCGGACGUGGAAUGCAACAAUCUGGCCCGCCUCCCAAUCGAAUGCCACCUGGGCCGGGAAUGAAAACAGACAUGUCGUGGGGACAAACUCGGAACGGCUCUUGGGGAGAUGGUGGAGUCGGCGAUAGCAACCAGAUGAAUAACAUGUGGAUGGAUGACAAACCUGUAGGUAGUGGUGGAGGUGGUGGCUCGUGGAACGAGCCUCCCCAAACACCCACGCCAUGGGCGUCUGGUCCUAAACCCAAAACACCCACGACUCCAAGUUGGGGUGAGACUGAAGACAAUUUGUCGUGGGGCCAGCCGCAUAAGCAGAUUCCUAAGCCUUUAGCCAAAGAAAUGAUUUGGAGUAGUAAACAGUUCCGCAUCCUAUCCGAAAUGGGUUUCAAGAAGGACGACGUGGAAAAUGUCCUUCGAAAUUGCAACAUGGUUAUGGAAGAUGCAUUGGAAACGUUGCGCUCUGGUCGAGGCAUGUUUGGUGAUGACCAUGGAUCAGGUGGUUACGACCCAAUGGGACCGCACGGAGGGGCGCCUUAUCCUCCGAGCGCGCGGUUCAAUCCAGGUCAACAGAUGCCUUUUGUUCACCCUGGUAGUAGCGGUGCACCGCAUCACUUAUUAAGCAAUCCUGCCCCUAGCAUGGGGAUGAAUCCGAAUCCUGCAUACAAAAUUCUUCAGCCUCAGCAGCCGCCACCUAUGCCGCCUCAGGUCAAUCAAUCACAAAUGGUCCGUAACAUGUCGCGAGUAGACACUGGUGUAUCGUCUGGUGCAGGAGCCGGCAGUCAACCAUCACCAACUCAAUUACGAAUUCUCGUUCAGCAAAUCCAAAUGGCCGUGCAGGCAGGCCAUUUGAAUCCUCAAAUUCUCAAUCAGCCGUUGGCUCCUCAGACGCUGGUUCUGCUCAAUCAGCUGCUACAGCAGAUCAAAGUUUUACAACAGCUCGGUCAACAGCACAAUAUGGCCCUUAGUCGGCCGGGACAAGGACCUAUGGGGGGUCCAAUGUUGCAGCUAGUACCUCAGAUGAACAAAACCAAACAGCAGAUUGCUAGCUUGCAACAGCAGAUCGCCGCCCAACAAGCUCUGUAUGUCAAGCAACAAGGCCAAAUGAUGAAUCAACAGCCACCCGGCGUUCCUCCGAGUCAACCGUCGGACCUUUUCAAAGUGGAUUCGGUUCAUGGCAUUCAGUCCAACUUGGACAGGAUGAGUUUACAGGAUUCUGGACAGUCACGGCUCUCUCAAUGGAAGUACCCGCCACUCGACAAGGAUCUUUCAGAUCUCGGCAUGUCAGAAUUCAGUCGCGCCCCGGGGAGCAGUGGUGGUGCACCCGGUUCCAUUCCCAGUAACGCCAAACCGCCACUAGGUAGCAGCCUUUCGUCACCCAAUAUGAACCCUGUCCUCGGACAAGACGGUGGUGCUUGGUCGAGUCUUUCUCGUUCUCAAUCGGAGACAGGCUGGCCUGACACAAACCAGGAUUUGUCUACUGGUGGAUCUGUCGGAGGCAAUGACGGAAAGGAUAGCUGGAGCAAUGCCACCGGAUCCUCUUCUUAUUCGGGUUCCAUAUCGGAUCUCGUUCCCGAAUUCGAGCCUGGCAAACCAUGGAAAGGACCACAGAUUAAAACGGCAGACGACGAUCCAACUCUCACUCCUGGAACGUUUGCCAUGUCUGGUCUCAACGAGGCAGAUGUUUACUCAAACAACGCAUCAAAAGGAGGCCAGAGUUCAACCAAAGCUUCGCCUCCUCCCGUUGGCUCUGGCGGAUCGAGUGGCUCAGGUGAAUCGGGCUUCCCGACGCUGGGUCUUUCUAAUUCCACUUGGUCUUUCAAUCCGUCUUCGGCGUCGUCGAGUUCCGUCCCCUCUUCAUCGACCCCUUACAGCUCUGCCAAGAUUGCACCGAAAUCUUCUUGGUCCGACGCCCCACCACCGGCUGCGGAUCCGUGGAGCGCACCAAACAAGCCUCGUGGCCCUCCUCCGGGCAUUAGUGCAUCAGCAGGCAUUGGUCCAAAGUCUGCCGGACGCGAUUGGAGUGCAGCUGGCAGCCGCUCACCCUGGCCUGGAACGAAUGCCACUGUAGCUGGAGGUACGUGGGCCGGUUCUUUGAAUGGCGCAUCGUCGUGGCUCGUGUUGCGUAACUUGACUCCGCAAAUCGAUGGUUCGACGCUCAAAACAUUGUGCGUCCAGCACGGUCCGCUUCACAACUUCCAUCUCUACCUCAACCACGGAGUAGCUUUGAUCCGCUAUUCCACUGGCGAAGAAGCCGCUAAGGCGCAAAGUGCUCUGAACAACUGCGUGCUUGGAAACACGACCAUUUAUGCAGAUCUAGCCAACGAAUCUGAUGUCCAGGGUUGGCUGCAGCAACUUGGCAUGCCCGCCCAACAACAGCAGCAGCAGCAACAACAACAAAAUCAACAGCAGCAACAGCAGCAGCAAGUUGCCGCCUCCAGUGGAUGGGGCAUCCGGGGAUCUACUCCCGGCUCUAAUAACGGAAGCGGUAACGGGGGUGGUGUAGGAAGCAACGCCUCCAAGGGAAGUGCCAACUCUGGGGACAAUUGGGGAACUGGUGGUGGAGGCCCGAGUUCGAGCCCAUGGUCGACGGGUGCCAAUUCCGUCUGGUCUACACCGGCAUUGGAUCGUGAUUUGAGAACCACGCCGUCUGCGCUGAACGCAUCGCUCAACUCGUUCCUGCCCGGCGAUCUCCUGGGCAACGAGUCCAUGUAAAACAGCGAGGGCUACCACUCAACACGACUCAAAAAAGAAAGAAAAAAAGAAUCGACAGAAAUUACGUGUCAAUAUGAGAAUAGAUGAGAGAGGAGAAAAAUACCAAGGUAAUGUUCAAUUCGUCAAAAAUAUUUUCACAGCUGAGAGCAAUCAACCAACUAAUGUGUAUGCCUGACGUAAUAUAGUGUUAUUCCACCCUCCCGAUCCCUUCGUAUUCACGGUGACGGAAAAAAAAAGUUGUCACUAUUUCAAAUUUCAUAUUACUCUUAUAUUAUGGCCUAAUGCCGCUGCUGUUGCUGCUGCACUGAUGCGUAGUGUGAACCGUCCUCUUAUCUUCCCCCGAAAAACACCAAUGAGGCCAUUAAGCAUUUACAAAAAGAAAGCAAAGUAGUAGUAUAUUAUAAUAUUCUUAUGUUUCUUUUUUCACCUGACUCCCCUCCAUUAUUUUUUGUGCCUCCCGUGUUAUGAUUGCUUGCGCCACACACACACCACUCCAUUCAGUUUAGUCGAAGUUCGUUUUCCUAUGUAAGUCUUUGGGUUUUUUUUUUUCUUGGUCAGAAUAAGUCCUCGUGUUGUGUCUCGUAAUAUUUUGUUUUGUGUGUGUGUGUGUGUGGGAGUGGUCAUCUUAUCUGUUUUGCGUGCCAGUUAUCUCUUCUUUCCCUCUGUCGCUCUUUUGCCACUACCGAGGUGUUCUCGCUCCACUUCCAAGUCCCCACUUUUCAAAAACUAAAAAAAAAAAGGAAGUAACCAGAGUCUCGCCAGAGGCCAUCAUGGAACAAUCUUACCAGAAACAAAAUUACCCUAAAGAGGAGAAUACCGGAUGCAUUUUUUUUUCUUUUUCAAAGUGCUCUCUUCUUCCCCUGCAAUUUGUUAGUCUUCUCCUGCAUCCUCCUCAAGAACUAUAUUAAUUCUAGUGUCACCCAUGCCCUCUCCCUAGCAAUUUUUUUAAAUUUUAUUUUUCUUUUCCCGUUUUUUUUUUUUUUUUUCUGUCUCUUCUCGUGACUCUCAAUCAUCAACCGAAAAGCUAGAAUAAUUCCCUCACGGAAAUAGCGAAACGGGAAUACCUGUGCGAGUUUUCUAGUGGGAGAUUUAUCUGUGUAGAGUGUUGCAAUUUGAAAUGGUUAGAAAAGCCGCGUGGAUACCAAGUCAGGACAUUUCUCCCCAGCCCCAACCUCCUCUCCCUCUAAAAUCCAUUGCUGUUCUGUGUUAGACUGUGAUCUCAAAAAAGUCGUGACCACUCGAGGCUUUACAUCCAUAGAGAAUUUCACUGCUCCUUCCUCCCUCCCUAUCUUCAGCAAUGAAGAGAGUAAAAGACAAUUAAUAGGAAUAAUGAACACGCGUUUGAUAUUUCGGGUCGCCCAUGAUCCGAACCCAUUUCUAAAUCUGGUGACUUAAUCCCCUCCUAUAUUUCUAUCUCUUUUUUUUCUUUUUUCUUUCUUUUGCUUCUGUAAACGGGCCAACUCAAAUCUAGUGGUCACAAACUUUGCUUUUGAGGGCUUUGAGCCGCCGUUAUCAUCCUACCCGCGUCGAGCGUCAAUGAGAGGUGCUAAACUCCCUCCGUUCCUUUUUUUUUUUCCUCUCCAAGUUUUGCAUCUAGCUCCUUCCGCCCUCCCCCUCUCCGUAUUUCUCCUACGUACGUCUGAAAGAAAAUUGAUAGCUUUCUCGAGCAUAAGGAAGAAAGUUGUGUACGUCUCUUGAUUUCUUAAAAAAAAAAAAUUCUCUCGCCAUCAUUUGACCUGAUCGUCGACAGUCGUACAUUUUUUUGUUGUUGUUAACUUGCCUUGCUAAUUUUGUUUGUGGAAGCUUAAAGAGAAAAAAAAAACCAUUACGAAAAGAUGUGCUUCUUUCUUCCAGCCCAUUCGUUUGACCUGAGAGAAGCACAUUCACACAAAAACUGUGAAAUUAAACAUCACACACAGUCGUAUCGAGUCUUGUCAUAGAGUUGCGCCGCGACCUCAGCACCAGUGGCUCAUCCCCUCCCGUUUCUCCCUUAAAUUUCUUUCCGCUCUUAUGCAAAUGUGUCGUGUUUCUUUUUCCGUUCGAUCCAAGUGAGUACGCGCCUCUGCAUUCUCCAAACCUCCCCGUUUUUUUUUUUUUUUUGUUUUUUUUAUUUAUUUUUCAAUUACUUGGUCGUCGGUCAGUAUUGUUCGGAUUCAUUCAAGUGCCACAGUUUCGUACGAUAUGGGAUGUGUUAGUUUUUGCAGGAAGGGGGAAACGAAUAUUUCGGUUUGGCCGGGAUAUUUUGUGAGGAGGGGAGGGUAUUAGUCGGUUCUAACGCUUUACUACUUGAUAAUUACCGCAUGUUGUAAAUGUGUAUCUCCUUACACUUUGAAGAGACGAAAUGCGAUCUUCGUCUUGUGUCUUGACAGGUGUUUUUGAUUGUAGAUUUUCUUUCGUUUCUUCCUUUGAUCAUCUCCCCACCUUACCCUACCCGCCACAGGUUUUGUCAUUUGUGUUCCGGAGAAAAUGUGCAAUGCCCUGCAAUGACCUUGCACUGUGCGGAACAACAAAUGAAUUUACAUAUUGUUUUCCUUUGAGAGUGUGAUCGUAGGCCAUUUGUCAUGCGUUUUCUUUCAUUCUCCCCCGUCCCGCCUUUUCACUUUUUGCGAGCGAUGCAUUCAGGCAAUUGUCAUGUCGUUACUUCGUUCAAAAGACUUUUUUUUUUUUUUCUUUUCUUUUCUUUUCUUUUGUUUUACUAAUAGCCAUAUCACUCACUUGCAAUGAGGACAGAAGGAUGAGGAAAUGGGGUGGGCUGGUUGUGUUUUCAAUGUCUUACACUUGAGGGCAGGUUUCUUGUGUUGUUUUUGAACGUGUUGGAGGGAAAGGAGAUGCAUGGUGUCCUUCCCAGUCUCUCAAAGCGCUACAUUUUGGCAGUCAGUCGCCUGGGCGGAGAAUUUGAAUAAGUAAAUAGGAAAAAGUAAUGUAGCUUGUUUCUUUUGUGUGACCAAAAUGCGCUUCUUCGUUUUUUGUCGGCCUCGAUAAAAAGAGGAAAAAUUCUAAAAAUGUCGGUUUGUCGUCUUUUUUUUCUUGCGCGCGCGUGUGUGUGUGGCCGUUUUUGUCAGUUGCGUCCUGAAAAAUCCAUUAUCUGUUGUGUGCGUAGUAGCAAAGCAAAAAUGAAAAAAAAAAAAAAAUAGGAAAGUUCCGAGGAUUCUUCCCCCCCCCCCUCCCCACCAGAUCAGUUUGUCAUUCACACACCCUCCCCUGAAGAAAUUGGAGUUAAAAAAAAAAAGGUGAUAAUUCGUCCAGUGAAGAAAAAAGCCUUCCCUCUCAUCCUUCGUGUUAGCUAUUAUAUAUAUAUAUUUUUUUGUAUUAUUUUCAUGGUUAUUUUUCUUUUCUUUCGGGACUCGCCUGCUCUGUCUACCCGCGUCAAGUCACCGGAUAAUUCCAGUAGUAAUUCUUGUAUGGCUCCUAUUCGCCUCUCUUUAAAUCUCCCAUGUUUUGCGUGCCGUUCAGAUUUUUGUAUUUUUUUUUUCUUGUUUUCUUUAAUAAUAUUUUUUUUAAUGGCAUCCUUCAGGAGAUCAAACUCCUUGAAAUCGGGUGUAUGGGGGAGUCUGUCCAAUCGAUUCUCGUGCUUGAUUUUUAAAAAUAAAUAUUCAAAAUGUCUAAUAGCUGAAAGAAAAAGAAACAUUUCCACGAAUCGAUACGCCGCUUCUCCCGCGCCCUUCCUUUCAAAAUUAAACAAAAAAACAGUAAAACUUAGCAGAUUGCACACACACGGGUUUCGUCAGUUCCGAACUAAAGGUUAGCAUUGAACGCGUCAGACAAGAUUGUUUAGCCAAAAAGUGCCUUUUUUUUUCCUCGACUCAUUCGAAACGGUCUCAAAUUCUAUCGUUCCCAUCUCUCCUGCCUCCACCCCGCCCCUCCCAGAAAAUAGAGACUUUGGAUGAUGAGAAGAAAAACAACCAACAACAACAAAAAAUCAUCUUUCAUCGCAAAACAAAAGCAAAACCACGUAUUGCCUGGCUUUAUAUCAGUCAACUGUAGCUAUUCAAGAUCUUCGACAGCGAAACGAAAAAGUGAAACAAAAAAUCAGACGUGUAAUAAUUUGACUCUACACCUCCAAAAAUUCAUUUGUGAUUUUUCAUUCUCUCUCUCUGUCUCGCUUUCUCUGUCUAUCAAACAAAAUCGUAUCAGCUCCAAUUCUUAUCUCCGUCUGCAUCUCUCCUAAAUAGAGACGAACACGGCUAGACCAAUGCCCGUGUUAUCACGACACAUAUUUAGUAGAUCUCUGCGCACCAGUUCUAUUUACGUUUAUCUUUAUCUUUUUUUCUUUUUUAAUUUGGCUUUAUUGAUUAUCUUAGAUUUGAAGCCGAUCAGCAGAAUUAACUUCGUAUCCUUUGGGCAGCUUUUCUUUUUCCCCUCCACUCUCCCCAUCUCCGCCUUCCUCUUUAUUUUGGUUUGGACUUGAAGAAAAAAAUGAGAUUUUUUUUCCUAAUAAUAAUUAUUAUUUUUCCCCCACGUCCUCUUUCCUUUUUGCUUGUGUUGUAAUAGCCAUUUUCCUUUUUUUUUUUUUUUUUGUCUAUUCAUAAGAAUAAAUGACAUUGAUGAGACCUUUGAUUGAGGUGCCCCAGUGCCUUUUUAUGUUGAUUGAUGGCCUCGAAGAAAACAAAAGAGAAAUUGCGUCGGUGGCGGAAGGGCCAGACCUUUUCAUUUUUUUUUUUAAUUUUUAUUCGAUCGCUUGCCAACGACACUUGCGUGUGUUCCGCAUGUUGUUCGACGCGCACACAAAACUUUUCUGCAUAAGCUUCGUAGAAAAAGACGAAACGCGGCCAACAGGACGAACUGGCUUUCCCAGAAAAAGAGAAAAACGAACAUACCAAACUAAAAUGAGUCAAAACAUCUUUACUCCCGACCUUCUCAACCCACAUCACGAGCCGAGCCAGUCGGAAGAAAAAAAAAGAAAAUUUAAUUGGUCGGCUCUCCACAACGUUGGAUCUCGAUGCAAAUAGAAUGAUUUUGAUGCAGGCAAUGACUCGUCACUUUAUCCAUUUGAUUCGAAAAGAAAAAAGAAAAAGUCUGAUUUAAUGUUAAAAAAGAAUUCCAGUUAUUAUUUUGAUACGGAAAACGAAACAACAAAUACUGCCAUGCAAAAACAUCAUUUUCAAACACAAUUUAUAAUUAUAAUUUAAUUUUUUUUUUCUGGAGGCAGCUUCGUUUGUCCUACAUAGUCCCCGCAUUAUCACUCUACCUGUCUGAUCAUCAGCUGAUUUUUUUUUUUUUUUUUCAAAUUUCUUUUGGGAUUUGCGUUCGUACCUCCGAUAAUGAGGUUGUGAUUUGAAAAUGUAAACAAUUCAAAGGUGAACUUUACAGAUAGGCAAUCGUUUUUGUUUAGAUAGGGAGGGAGUUAUGAGGCGUGAUUGGCCAAGAAAGAAAGAAGAUACAAAACGGUUUUAAUUCUCGCGAUCUGGCCGUCGCUCACCGUCAAUGAUCAGCCCUUCCUGCAUGCCAAAAAUUUUUGUGACUGAUGAAAUUUAUUGAAUCCGCCUCCCUCCUCGAUUUUUUUUUUCUUCAAAUCCGCAAGAGAUCUGGCCUAUUAUUUUAAUUUUUUCCUUUCGUUUGGUCAUGUUGAAUGUUUAUACAAAACAGGAAAGAAAUUAGCGAUGGUAGAAAAAUGCCUAGUCACGAUGACUAAAAACAUUGGCCAAAAUAAUCAUUAUUAAAUCAAUAGGAAAAAAACAAACAAACAAAACAAACAUUUCGGAAAUUCAGUGGGAAAUUUGUUCGCUCCCGUUUCCUCUGCCGGAAACCACUCAAUUUUUGACAUAUCCUCCUAAAACCAAAUUAUCGUCCACACGAGCCAAUCAUUCAGACAAAUUGAGAAACAAACUUGAGAAGGGUGGACACGAUCGGUCGCUGAAGAAUCAAAGGAGCGGACUAUUAAAAUACUUUCCAUAGACCAGGCUACAAAUGUUCUGAAGUGAUUUUGCAUUGGUGAUGAUCAAUCCACAUCAGAUCUAUGCGUUCCUUCCGGCUUCCUGUCGUUUGUAUCAGAAAUCGAAGAAAGAAAAUACCAAAGGUUGUUUGUUUUUUUUGUAAAACUUGAAAACGUUUUGUCGAACUGGGAUCGAGAAAAGAGAUGAUCUUCUUUUCGAGCCUUUUCUGCCUUUCUCGUAGAGAACGACUUUUUUUAUUUGAUUCACCUUUCUUUCGUUUUCAUGGAUGGAUUUUCAUGAAAAAUCCCGAAACAUUUGAAAAGGAAACAAAACACUUUGAAAUCCGUGGAAUCUUAUUUCUCUUUCUGCUCUCGAUCGCACACGAGUACCACAUUCUCUGUUGCCCUCUUCCGAAUCGGAUUACCGGUAGUGAUUUCAUUUUAAAAGGAAAAAUAAGAAGAAAGGAUUUAAUAAAUUUUUGUUUUGCUUUUAAAAGAAUAGCAACACACACGAAGAUAAAAAGAAAAUAUUCCCGAUCGAUCGGACAUCCCGUACUUGAUGCUAUACGCCACUCUGUCACGUGUCUUUGUCUGUCUUGUCCAUGUACUGGUACUCUGUAGCCUCUACUUUUUUUUUUCUCUCUAAGAAUAAGAAUAGCUCUUUUUUUUUUUUAAUAUUAUCUGCUCAGAAAAAGAGAAAAGGGAAACGUUGUGCGUUUCAAUCAGGUACGCUCUGGCAAAAGAAGGAAAAUGUUCCAAAUACUUGUUUCCCCAAAACACACUUUGGGGUUGCUCUUUCUUAGUAUUUUUAAAUGUCAUAGAUAGCCUCGUGCGUCAUCAAACAGUUGUGGAAUGUUGUCAGAGGAAAAGGCAUUUCCUUUAGUUCUAUUUUCGUUAAUUUUUCGCACGCACGCUGCUAAGCCAAUAAGAUUUUUGUCAACCACCCAAAAUUUUGUUGAUGAAUUUCCAUAUGUCAAAGUGCUCCCCCCCCCCUCUACACGAUCCUUGGUGAUUCAUUGAACAGGUUUGUUUAUUUGUUCUUUAUUUUUCAAAUAUUCUUUUAGUUAUGUUAUAAGUUGACAGGUGUCUGUCGCCAUUGAUACGGCAUUCGAUUCUUUGGAAAGAAAAAAAGAAAUUAGUUCUUCUAGGAGAUGAUGAUGUAUCGUUAGAACGAUUCCUCCACCACAUCUCCCACCUCCUCCCCUCCCAAACUGGAAUCGGAACAAUCCCGCCCACGAAGCCACGAUUUCAUUUGACGAUUCUAAAAACUAUUCGUGUCGUUCUUUUGUGCCGCUUUAUAUAACUCUCAUUUAUCCGAUGAUUCAAAGAGGACAAUAUUUGCUGCAAUUCUAAUCGCCUGUAUUUUCGUGUUGUCAGUUUGUACUUUUUUUUUCCGUUUGAAAUUUUCAAUGAAUUCAUGAGUCUAUAAUAUCGACAUGCCGCGGGUGUAGGGUCAUAAAAAGCUUCAGACAUUUUUCUAGACUCAUGUCGUCCCGAGUGUUCAAUAUCGUGUGUUUUCCGCGCCUAUCCCCUUUUCGUUUCUAAGUUUCGAUUAUUAUCGCCCCCCUUAUCCUCUCUCACCUUUUUUUUCUUUUUUAAUUAUUCUUUUUUUAGGGGGGGGGGGGCGUUGAACGUUGCGGUUCAUGCAACAACAACAAACUGGUUUACUAGACUGGAAAAUUGUGUUUGUGUUAGUCCUCGACCCUCGCUCAGUUUUUGUUCAGUGGGCAAGUGUCUUAAAAGGAAAAAGGGUGAGAAAAGCAUAAUAACCUAGUGUUCCGUCAGUCUGGUCGUCUUCGCAGUUUAUGUUCCCCCGACGUUAUUAUUAAUAUUAUUAUUUGGAUUGAUAACACCUAUCUUUUUGAAACUAUUAUCAUUAUUUACACUUGCUUUGCGUGGCCAUUUGUUUGGGGAAGGAACAAGCGAAAACAAACAAAACAACAGCAUUUUGAUGCGAGUCGUGAUGUGUUGUGCUCCAUUUGAGAGGAAAAAAAACUGAAGAUAUGAAGCCAGACAUCUUGACUUAAAUGCUGUAAGGUCAAAAGACAAGUUGACUAUAUUAUAUCAUAUAGAAAAUCAAUGGCCAUUUGUGCGUGUCUCUUUCGUAUCGUUAAAAAAUUGAAAAAGAAGAAAACACAGAGCCCUCUCUUGUCUCUCAAUUCCUUUCAAGGAACUCGAUAAUUUUUUUUUUUUUCAUGGCUACUAAAUUGCUGAACGAUAUAUAAUUGAAAUGUUUACAUAUUCGUGUGUAUUACGCCCGCCUCCCCCCUCCCCCCUUUAAACCACCCUCAAGCCCAUGUCCCACUCGUGAUGAUGUCGAUGUUUAUUGCUCUCCAAUUUGUUUUCUUCACUUCUCUUUGUUUCUCCCUUCAACAAGAGAUGCAAUCGAAAAAAAAAGGCUACCGGAGUCGGUUUCAGGUUUUAAUCAAAUAGUGUUGAUGUUAUUGUCAAAAAAAAAAGUAAAGUAAAAAAUGUCGAUAGGUUUUCCUUCCCUCUUUUCCAAAAAAAAAAACAAAAAAACAAAACAAAAAUCAACAAAAAAACAAAAGGCAUGCACUGUGUCUGUUAGAAACUACACGAGCGUGCCCCACUCCGGUAAAAGGAAAAGACAAACUAAUUAUUACUUUACCGUGUUGUCGAUGUGAUUUGCAUGGUAAUCCAAAAUUGAAAAAAAAAAAAAGAGGACGUGAGUAUGUAAAAAAAAAAAAAAAAGAAACAAAACAAGAUAGUUCAACCUGAAUCCUGGUCGCCUUACACGCCACACACUCCUUGUUUUCUAAACUAUAUAUCUUUUAUCAGUGGUCAAAAGUUUUGUCAUUGAAUAGAAAGCGUCCAGUUUGAUACAUAGGCUGCAAAAAAAAAAAAAAAAUGGAUUAAAACACAAAAAAAGAAUUGCGGAAAAAUGGAGGGAAGAAAACGAAGGCAAGAAUAAAGGAAAAAAAAAUUACCCCCCAAAAAAAAUUUCAAUAAAAUAAUAUGUCGAUCCCAUGUUUCUGUUUCUCUCUGCAAUGAUGCGUGUUUUGAUUUUAGAAUAUACUAGACAUGUGGUUAGUGGAA